ACAAACGGCAGGUAGUUUUAAUGACUAAAAUGUAAGUGAGUGAUCUCCUCGUCUGCUUUCUUCUUCGUGCGACAUACAGUUCUGGGUUUGCUGAAGAUUAUUCUGGAAAAAAAAAUUCCUCCAUCACAAAUUUGAUUCGUGUUCUUGAAACGAUCGAUUCAAAAUCACAUGAAACACUCGGUGAACCGGCCUCCGACACCUGAUAAAGACGAUGCAGCUGAAGGAUUCGAGAAAGACGAGGUCACGCUUCGUGAAAUCAUUAACGUCAAGUUGGUGGAGAGUGGAGAGAAGGAGAAUCUAAUGGAGCUUGUGAGAGAUAGAUUGGUCGAGUGUGGUUGGAAAGAUGAGAUGAGAAUUGCUUGCAGGGAGCAUGUUAAGAAGAAAGGGAGAAAAGAUGUUACAGUUGAUGAACUGAUCCGAGUGAUCACUCCAAAAGGCAGAGCUUCAGUACCAGAUUCCGUGAAGGCAGAGCUGUUGAACAGAAUUCAAAACUUCAUUGUAUCAGCUGCUCUUUGUGUGUGAUCUCAAGCCUAAAGCUCUCGACUUCUACUUCAAAGAUUGUGCUUACACGGUGAGAAAUUCUAACUUAGA